AUGGCGUCGGAAAAUGUUAACCUGCACAAGGACCCGGUAACGGGGGAGAUGAUCUCGAAGACAGAGCUCAAAAGGCGUCAGCAACAUCGAGAAAGAGAGGCGAAGAAGGCCGCAAAGGCUGCUGCGGCCCCACAGGCUGCUGCGAAGCCCGCUGCUGUGAACGAGGAUGAUUUGAAUCCCAAUGUGAGUACUCAAUAUUUUGAACUCCGAUCACGCCAAAUCCAAAAAUUGAGGGAGACACAGGAUCCCAAUCCAUACCCACACAAGUUUGAAGUGUCGAUAUCCAUCGAAGAUUAUAUCAAAAAAUAUGGUCCGAAAGGAAAGAUUCCUGCGGGUACCAAGCUCGAUGACGUUGUUCACCUGGCGGGGCGUGUACACAAUAUCCGAGCGUCGGGCCAGAAACUUAGAUUUUACGAUCUGCACGGUGAGGGGAAGAAGGUACAGAUCAUGGCCACGCUACAAGACGCCAAGAACCCCGACACCUUUGUGGCCACGCACGACCUCUUCCGGCGGGGCGACAUCGUCGGCGUCGUCGGCUCCCCCUCCCGCACGAAGAAAGGCGAGCUUUCCAUCUCCCCCUCCGAAAUGGUGCUCCUCGCGCCGAACCUGCACCAGCUCCCCUCCGCACAUUUUGGGCUGAAGGACCAGGAGACGCGCUACCGCAAGCGCUACCUCGACCUCAUCAUCUCCGAGGACACACGGCGCAUCUUCAUCACGCGCUCCAAGAUCAUCAACUACAUUCGGCGCUUCCUCGACAACCUCGGCUUCCUCGAGGUCGAGACACCCAUGACGAGCAUGAUCGCGGGCGGCGCGACCGCGAAGCCGUUCGUCACGCACCAUAACGACCUCGACCUCGACCUCUACCUCCGUAUCGCGCCCGAGCUGUACCUCAAGGAGCUCGUCGUAGGCGGGCUGGAUCGCGUCUACGAGAUCGGGCGGGUGUUCCGGAAUGAGGGGAUCGACUUGACGCAUAACCCCGAGUUUACGAUCUGCGAGUUCUACAUGGCCUACGCGGAUAUGUACGACGUCAUGGACAUCACCGAGAGCAUGGUAGAGGGUCUGGUGAAGUAUCUGACGGGGGGCAAGACAACAUUGCAGUACCACCCAGAGGGCAAGGACGGCAAGGUGUAUGACCUGGAAUUCAAGAAGCCGUGGAAGAGGUACGACAUGAUUGAAACACUCGAAGAGAAACUUGGCGUCAAGUUCCCGCCGAGCGAUACGCUGCAUACCGACGAGGCGAAUGUCUUCCUCAGAGACCUCUGCAAGAAGCACAAUGUCGAAUGCAGCGAGCCACGCACGAAUGCGCGGUUGCUGGAUAAGCUUGUUGGCGAGUUCAUCGAGCCGCUCUGCAUAUCUCCCGCUUUCAUUGUGGGCCACCCACAAGUAAUGUCCCCUCUUGCCAAGUGGCAUCGUUCCCGCCCAGGCCUUUGCGAGCGCUUCGAGGGCUUCAUGUGUGGGAAGGAAUUCUGCAACGCCUACACCGAGUUGAACGACCCCUUCGAGCAACGCGCCCGCUUCGAGGAGCAGGUGAGGCAGAAGGCCCAGGGUGACGACGAAGCCCAGGAUAUCGACGAGACUUUCAUCGAUGCACUGGAGCAUGGUCUCCCACCGACCGGCGGUUGGGGAAUCGGUAUCGACCGUCUCGUGAUGUUCCUCACCGACUCAACAAACAUCAAAGAAGUGCUAUUGUUCCCAGCGAUGAAGCCCUUGGAGCCCACCGCGCCGGGAGUCGACGUAGCGACCGGGGUGCCAGGGCCUUCGGCCCAGGUAUAG